CUUGGGUGCCUACGGGAAUGAAAAAGAGAUGCCGUCAAUUACCGUUGUUCAGUCUCUUGUGUGCACUUGUGCUUCUUCAAGCCUUGAAACUUGGCUUCUGCUACCAGAAUUCUAAGGUGGUGGCGGGUUGCAUGGAAGCUGAGAAGAAAGCACUUCUCAAGUUCAAAGGUGGUCUCACGGACCCCUCGGGCCGGCUCUCUUCUUGGGUUGGGGAAGAUUGUUGCGCAUGGAGGGGUGUGAUUUGCGACAACAGAACUGGGAACGUUGUGAAGCUAAAACUCCAAAAUCCGUUUUCAAGUAAUAUUGAUACUGGUGGAAUGGUUUAUGAAUUGGGAGGGGCGAUCAGUCUGUCUUUGCUUGACUUGAAGUAUUUGAGGUACUUAGACCUUAGCCAGAAUAACUUUGAAGGCAGACGGAUACCUGAUUUCUUUGGAUCUCUUACAAAGUUGAGGUAUCUCAAUCUCUCUGGCUCUUCUUUUGGUGGGGUAAUCCCACCAAGUUUGGGAAACCUUUCCAGAUUGCUUUAUCUAGAUCUCAGCGAUAAAUUUCUAGAUUAGAGGGCAAGGAUUUGAAUUGGGUAUCAAGUCUUUCCUGUCUGAGGUACCUAAAUUUGGGAGGUAAUGACUUGAGCAAGGUCUCAUCUCAUUGGCUUCAAACUGUUA